AUGGUACGACGCGGUGCUAGUGGUUGGUGGAUGUCGGUAGCCCUGCUGAUGGUGCUUACCGGCCGGACUACCGUGGUGGCCCAGUGCCCCUGGCAGCGAGAGGUACCCGAUCUACAGAACUCGUGCUUAUGUGCCUACAACCUCGGACAGGAACUGUCCGUUCAAUGUGAUCAAGUUGAUUUUCCUGUGCUAGUGGAAGCCUUAGACAAGUAUGCGCGUGCAACACCUCUAGAUCUGCUGUACGUGAACAAUUCGACGAUCGAGCAACUCGAAGGCAGCUUGUUCGUCAAUCUCAAGUUGCACAAUGUGCAGCUGAGCAGCUGCAAGAUGCGGCGAAUUGAUGAAAAAGCAUUCCUUGGGCAGGAGGCCGUGCUGAAGAACCUGAAUCUGCAGGAUAACCUGCUGGAUGAGGUACCUAUCCGCGCUCUGAAACCGCUGACCAUCCUGAACCUGCUCGACCUAUCGAAGAACCGUCUGCACAGCGUGCCAAACGAUGCGUUCGUUGGAUUGCGCAAACUUUCCACGCUGAAGCUGUCCGAUAACAACGUCACACUCGCACCAUUCGCCUUCCGUGGACUGGAGGCAAGCCUGAAAAACCUUAACCUGAAGGGCACCAAGCAGAAGCGAGUUCCCGAGGCGGUUCGUGGUUUGCGAACGCUCGCCUUUCUCGAUCUCUCGCAGAAUGGCAUCCGGGAGCUGCCGGGUGGCGCGGGCGUGAAGUCCUUCGACGGGUUGGACGCGCUAACCGCCCUCAAUCUCGAACGCAAUCUCAUCCAAAGCCUGGGCGAGACGGCAUUUUCGGGUGUGCGAAAGACGCUCAGCUCGCUGAGUUUGCUGAAUAACUUGCUCGCUGAGUUCCCGGUUGGUGCGAUCCAUUCGUUGCGCGAGCUGCGCGUGCUAGACAUCGGUUUCAACCUGCUCACCGCAUUGCCCGAGACGGCGUUCCGCGGUAACCCGGCCGUAACGCUGCUAGCCCUCGAUGGAAAUCCGCUACCGACAGUGCCGGAGAAAGCAUUAGCCCAUCUGAAUCGAACGCUCAGAGGUCUAUCGCUCGGAGGACGCUUCCUGCAUUGCGACUGCAAAUUACGCUGGGUAGCCGAAUGGAUCCGAAAUGGUGAUUUACAGGUAACAUCACGCGAACGUAAUCCACAGUUCUGUGGAUCUCCUAAUCGCUUCCGAGAGCGUGGUUUUUACUCCAUCCAACCGGAAGAGCUAACCUGUCCAGAGUCGGAGGUAGCCCUGGAAGGCCCAGUCGGUUUGGUUGAGUCACUGUUACCCAAAACGACCACGGUGCGUACCACGACGGCAUCUUCCACAAUGACCACACUCCUCACGCCGUCGACUACACUCGGUGCGACAACCAACGUCACGAUUGUUGCCACCUCGCCCUCCACAACUACGCCGCAAGGUUCUUCGACGAAUGCGGCGGCAGAAACACAGUCUUCCAACAGCACUACGGCACAAAGCAGUACCACACCGACUACAACGACACCGGCGACAACGAAACCCCUGACCACUGCUCCAGCGGCUGCUGCAACUACUACCACGACCUCCAAGACACCGGCCACAAAGAACUGGCGAACAAACGGAAGCAGCAACAACUCGCCUCCUCACAAGCAGAGGCCUCCACUCGUACUUGGUUUUCCACCACAGCGAGGUACCCAGAUAGAUGACUCCAAGGAAGUGCAGGUGAAGAACGCUUUCAGUUCUCGCCAGGAUAACUCGGUCAUCAUCCAGUGGGACUCUGACACAGCCAACAUUCUGGGCUUCCGCGUAGUCUACCGUCUGUUUGGUGAUAAGAGCUUCAAGCAGGGCCCUCCGUUAGAAGCAAGCGAGCGCGAGUUUAAGAUCAAGAACGUACCGUCGGCCGAGUGCAUCAUCGUGUGCGUGGUGUCGCUCGAGGAGAUCAAUGUAACGCCCGACACCGUGCCUUACACUCAGUGCCGGGAGGUGCGCACGGUGGCCUCACCAGCAUCAAACAUGGACAAAAUUACGAUUGCUGCCAGUGCUGCCAUCUGUGGCACGAUCAUCGUUGCGGUGAUAGUCUUUAUUGCCGCCAGCAGGAUUCUUUUCAGAAGACGCUCGAAGAAGCUGCAGUCGUUGUCGCAACAAAAGAGCGCACUGCCCAUCGCUGGCCUGCCGGUCAACUGCUGCGGUCCGACGCCCAGCCCGAACGGACCGCUCGGUUCGCUGGCUACGCUAUCCGCGUUCAACUCGCACAAGCAGGACUGGGACCAGGUGUCGGCAUAUAGUGGCCGCUCGAUACCGCGACCACGCAUCUACCCGAUGGAGAACCAAGCCAUCCCGGACGAUCUGCGCAGCCACGUGUCACACUUUUCGGCUGUCGGAGGCGGUGGUGUUGGCCCAAAGGUAGGCAAGGCACGCUCGAUCGCGGAUGGACAGUCGCACCACAGCUUCUCCAAUCACUCGCAGCGAGGAUACCUCGGUUCGGCAUUCCCGAGCAAUCUGGUGAAUUCGCGACCAGAACUAAGACAGUCGAGACAGUCACUGGCUGCCGCGUCCGAGCGUAUGUCACGAGCGUCGUAUGCGGGUUCGAUCGUACACGGACCGGCCCAUAGCAUCGCAUCUAGCACGAGACGCACAAGGCCCAGGUCCCGAUCGCGUGAUCAGCUGAGUGGAGCGCACAUCCACACCCAUCAACAUCGCCCUGGUAGUCGCUACUCCACUGCCGGGUCAACGCACACCCUGAACAACUAUUGCGACACGUCCGACAACUGGACCGAUCAUGACAUGGACAUCUAUAUGGCGCGCAACCCCACGGCACGCAACGGCGGUAUGGUGCCCUUAUGA